AGUUCAGGCCAACUCUGCGGCGGGGUUGUGCGUGGCAUCGCGGCCUGGUGUCUGCUCCAGACAUUGGAUUAUAGCGAAAGGCGCGCCGAGCAUCAGCAGACACGGCUUUUUCGGUGAAUCCCUGCCCCGGUGGUUCCGGAUUUCAACCCAGGACAUCAAUUAUCUAAUUGCACCGCAAACCUUGCUUGCCCAACUGAGUUCCAAAAGCAAAUUUGGGUUUUUUUUUUGCUCCAGAUUCCAGCAUCUGCAGUGUCUCUUGUUCUGGGAUCAUUGUAAGAUUUAUUUUACUGCUGUGUGGCAUCUUUUUAAAAAAGGUGAAUCAAAUGCAACUCUAAAGUUAAAUUUCCCUUUAUGGGUGGCAAAAAAGUUUUGACAGAAAUGAAUUUUGAUGAAGAAUUGAUGCCCAGGCAAUUGCCUGUGGAUGACUGGGACACCACAGAAGACUUUGACCCUAGUGUGCCACCAAGAACACCCCAAGAAUAUUUAAAAAGAGUCCAGAUUGAAGCAUCAAGAUGUCCUGAAGUAGUAGUGGCAAAAAUUGACCCAAGAAAGUUAAAAAGCAAUCAGACAGUAAAUAUUUCGCUGUCGGGAUGUCAGCCUGCCCCUGCAGGAUUUUCUCCCAGUCUCAAAUGGCAGCAACAGCAAGUGGCUAAUUUUUCAAUCCUUCGACAGAAUAUAGACAAAAACAGAGAUCAUUGGAAGUCACAGCCUUUGGACAGUAAUGUAAUGUUGCCAUCUCCUGAAGAUGAAGAAGGGUGGAAAAAAUUUUGUCUUGGAGAAAAGUUGUACUUAAACUCAUCAUCAAUUACUGAAGAAAUUGAUAACCCAGGGAUUGACUAUGUGCAGGUGGGAUUUCCCCCCCUGUUGAGUAUUGUCAGCAGAAUGAGUCAGCCAACAGUAUUUAACAUAUUGGAAUACUUAAUCAGCUGGUUUGGAGAUAAAAAAUUAUAUCCUGAAUUGGGUAGAUGGUUAUAUGCUCUGUUAGCCUGCAUAGAAAAGCCUCUACUUCCCGAAGCCCAUUCUCUUAUUCGACAGCUAGCAAGAAGGUGUUCUGAAGUUCGUGCUAAACUAGAAAAUCCAGAAGAUGGAGAAUUGUCAGCAUUAAAUUUACUCAUUUGUUUAGUUGCCAGGUAUUUUGAACAGUGUGAUCUUGCAGAUAAGGACUGAUGUUAAUGGAGUCUGGAAUUAAAAUUCAGUCCAUAAUUUUGGAAUAUACUAUGGUGACAUAUUUCUAUCUCAUUUGAAUUUAGAUCCUUUCAUGUUUUGUUGACACAAUGUUGUAUGUUAUGUCCAAUCACGAACAAGAUAAAAUCUGCAGAGGCUGGAAAUCCAAGCAACACAUUUUGUGUGUAUUGUAUGUAGAGUUUUAUAUAAAAUUCACAUGAUAAAAUUAAUGAGAAUCAAAACCAAUUCUCAAAUGUUAUAAAUAAAUAAUUUGACAUGGUUAGAGUUGUCUGUUAUUGACUGAAAGUUCUUGCAGAUUAAUUCAAUAAUUUGAAACUGCGACUAAAAAAUUAAUGGCAUUGCAAUAAUUUUCAGAAGAAUUAUCUUAAUUUUGACUUAAUAUAAUUUCCAUGCAUUUAGUUAUAUUUAUAACUGUAUAUGGACACAGAUAAAAUUACCUUUGCUUUUAGCCAAGAACUCUGUCACGGAUAGAAUCAGAGGAAACACAUAUUGAUAAUUUAAAGUUGUAUCUUGAAGCUAGUCAAUUUUCUUUCCAACAUUUUCUUUAAGUUUGGAUAUUUAUUCAAGUUAUUCUGGGAACACCUGAUCGAAUUCCAGUUUUAAAAUAUGGUACUAUGGUUGUAUGGGAUUAAACAGCCCAAAAUAGCAUCAGUGCUCAAACCAGAUUCAGUAAGUAUCCAUGAAAUUCUAAUUAGCUUGAUUAACAAAACAAAUACACAUUCCAGCAACGAAAUGCUCAUUUUAAGGGAAGUUCCAUGUGAUUAGAAAUUCUAUUUUGUUUUUUUAAAUAUAAUUUUCUCAUCUGUAGUAAAACAAACGUUACAAAUAGUGUAAUACCAGCUUAAUAUUGAAUGAAAUUGUUUUCUUUUGUUUCAAAUUGCCAUAUGUUUAGCAAAAUCUAAGAUUCCUAAUGCUUCCAUAAACAGCAGCAACAUUCUAUACUAAAUGGCACAGCAGUGUAGCAGUUAAUGCAGUGCUUUGCUCUGCCAGCUGCAAGAUCGGGCUUCAGUUCCUGCUACUGGCAGGAAGGAGUUUAUACAUUUUCACUGGGUUUCCUCCCACAUUCUAAAGAUGUACAGUUAGGGUUAGUAAAUAGUGGCAUGUUAUGUUAGCACCAGAAAUGUGGCACAAAAUGACACAUUUCACUGUGUUUUGAUGUACAUGUGACAAAUAAAGCUAAUCUUUAUAUUUAUAAGACUAAUGGCAAGCAUUAUGUGGUGCAAGUAUCUGAUUUAUUAUACAAACGUUUGUACCUUGAUCUGUUUGAGUUGUCUAUUAAUUAUGAAAAAUAGUUUUUGAAUAUUUUACACUUUCCACAUAAAAUUAGGAUUGUCCCCAAUUUCUACUUGCAACAAUGUUUGCUAAAUAGAGCAGUUAAAAGUUCAAUCCCUGAAUAAAAGUUUGAAUGUAACAUUUCUUGGACAUUUUGAACACAUCAGAUUCUUCAAAAUGGAAGGACUGAUUCCAUUGAAAAAUUGACUAUAGGUAUUUCAAAUAAAGGCACAAUGACCUGAAUGGUUUCCUCCUGUGUGAUUUUUUUCUUUUUAUUCCUCAAGUACUCAGCAUUGGCAGUGUUAGAAUUGAAAUUUACAAAAGCACCAUGUCAAAUAUGUUAUGGAAACAUGAUUAGAGUUUGAUUUCAUAUUAAGUUCAUCAAAAGUGACACUAAAACCAAUGGGAAACUGGCUAAUUCAAAUGCCAAAU